GCUGUAUGCAAUAUCGUUUAAGCAAAGAAUUUCAAACUUAUGUUGCUAAUCGUUGUCACCAUAUCCGGUUCUAGUGACCAAAAAUAGGAAAUUAAUUCGCAAAACGAGUUACAAAUCAAUAAAAAUGAAUGGCACUUCUCCAAAGUGUCGUUAGUUUGUUGUUUUUUUUUCGACAAGACGACAAAAGUUUAAAGGUUUAGUCUGCUAAAAUAUUCAGAGACAUUAGGAUCAUCCGUUCUGAUUGUAAGUGUGCCCGGUAACGUUCCAAUUUUCCGUAAUUUAACAUAACGCAACAGAUAACAACAACAUGGGAAUCUUAACAACCCGAGAAAGUGCCACAUCGUUUUCGUCUUACGUUACGGCAUUUGGUAUAGCUCUUCUCAUCUCGUCGAUCAGUUACCUGAAACGACUCGAUAAUUCGGACGAAAAAAUUCAUUGCAUCUCAACCGAACAAAGUGCUGCCUUCGACCUGCCACCGACAUGCACACAAAUUGAUUCAUGGAGAACUGCUGCUAUUGUUGGAAUCAUCAUUGGAGUCAUCGACACACUCAUUGUGCCGUUCCUGCUUUGUUGCUGUAUAUCCUGUACCGUAUGUGGCUGUGCCUUAUGCUGUAAGUUCGGUUGUCUCAAUAUAUUUCCCGAUAACGAAACGAAGGCAGAGUCAACAACCAGAAAUGGGGAUGCCGAACUGACCGAAACAACAACAAUAAAUGUCGAGGAUAACGAUCAACCGACAACGGCCAGCAAAUACGACGUGGAGAAUGUACCAUCCAAGUUGCACGUGUGGUUGAAUGCAUUCGGUUGGAUUCUGUGGGUGGUUGGUCCGUUCGUAGCAACGUUAUACAUUGUCAUUGUAUUGUACAAAUAUGAUGCUAUUCGAACGCGUAACGAUGAUUUGUUUGGAUCGGCUUUGGUUCUCUUUGUUAUUGCUCUAUUCAAUUUAAUGGUUUACUUUCAGAAAUUCAUAAAUAGCCUUUGUGGCUAUGGACACAAAAAGGUUACGACGAAAUAGAUAUUAAGUCGAUGUAUUGUUGUCCAUGUCCAUGUUACCCGUUACUAUGCAAUGUAUAUUUCACUCAGCCGCAAUGUUUGUAGAAUAGAAUACCAAAAUUCGUUUAAUAAAUUUUGUGUUUUAC